GAAAGUAGAUUUGUUACAUUGAAUGAUGACAAAAACCCACUACCAAAGAGAGAAAGAAAGAAUCGAUUCAAUUCAAUAAUAAGGAAUAAACAAAUGUGGAAAGCCAAUGAUCGGAUUACUUUCAACUGUUAUCCUUGUUUUGGUAAACCCAUACCUUUGUUUCCCUUUAUUUAAUGUUAUCAUGGUGGUCCCUCCUGGUAAUUUUCUACUAGUUUUUCAAGGCGGUUGUCGACUUCUUUUUUAUAAUAUUUUCUUCUAUAAUGGGAUUGGCCAUGGAUUCUGGAUUUGGGGGAGAUUCAUUUCCAUUUCCAAGCUGUUUUGGAAAACCUGCUCUUCUCCUCUUUCAUCACAGAUAGCAGUUUCCCUUUCCCUUUCCUCUGUUCUUAUUGAUAAAAGGUGGAAAUGUCAUCAUCAAGGCAUAGCCAUUCAUCAAACAACCCAGGAAGAUCCAGGCAUGGUGCUCGGAUUAUUGCUCAAACCACUGUAGAUGCAAAACUUCAUGCAGAUUUCGAGGAGUCAGGCAGCUCGUUUGAUUAUUCGAGUACAGUGCGUGUAAUUGGAGAUCAGCAACCAAGGUCGGACAAUGUUACCACGGCGUAUCUCCAUAACAUUCAGAAAGGCAAGUUUAUCCAGCCCUUUGGGUGCUUGUUAGCUUUAGAUGAGAAAACUUACAAGGUCAUAGCAUACAGUGAGAAUGCCCCUGAGAUGUUGACCAUGGUUAGCCAUGCUGUCCCAAGUGUUGGGGAACAUCCGGUUCUCGGCAUUGGAACCGACAUAAGAACCAUUUUCACCGCCCCUAGUUCAUCUGCAUUGCUAAAGGCCUUAGGAAUUGGGGAGGUUUCUCUUUUGAAUCCAAUCUUGGUUCAUUGCAAGACUUCUGGGAAACCCUUUUAUGCGAUAAUCCAUCGGGUAACUAGGGGCUUGAUCAUUGAUUUUGAGCCUGUCAAGCCCUCUGAAGUUCCCAUGACUGCAGCUGGAGCCUUGCAAUCAUACAAGCUUGCAGCAAAGGCGAUCACACGGUUGCAGUCACUGCCUAGUGGGAGCAUGGAAAGGCUUUGUGAUACAAUGGUGCAGGAGGUUUUUGAACUCACUGGUUAUGACAGAGUGAUGACAUAUAAAUUCCAUGAUGAUGAUCAUGGGGAAGUGGUAUCUGAGAUAACAAAGCCAGGUUUGGAGCCUUAUUUAGGUUUGCAUUAUCCAGCCACUGAUAUUCCCCAAGCUGCUCGAUUUUUGUUUAUGAAGAAUAAAGUCCGUAUGAUCGUUGAUUGUCGAGCAAAACAUGUGCAAGUAUUUCAAGAUGAUAAGCUUCCUAUGGACCUAACCUUGUGUGGUUCAACCCUGAGGGCUCCCCAUAGCUGCCAUUUACAGUACAUGGAGAACAUGAAUUCCAUUGCUUCUCUGGUUAUGGCUGUCAUCGUCAAUGAUGGAGAUGAAGAAGGUGAUGGGACUAACUCCGAGCAGCCACAACAAAAGAGAAAGAGAUUAUGGGGUCUGGUAGUAUGCCAUAACACCACUCCUAGGUUUGUUCCAUUCCCCCUCAGGUAUGCCUGUGAGUUUCUAGCUCAAGUUUUCGCUGUCCAUGUCAAUAAAGAGUUGGAGCUUGAAAGUCAAAUCGUCGAGAAGAGCAUCCUGCGAACACAGACCCUUUUGUGUGAUAUGCUUAUGAGGGAUGCACCAGUGGGGAUUGUAUCACAGAGUCCAAAUAUAAUGGAUUUGGUGAAAUGUGAUGGAGCUGCCUUAUUAUACAAGAACAAGAUUUGGAAACUAGGGUUUCCAGGGGCUCUGGCUCUUGGUGAUGUAGUAUGUGGAAUGGCAGCGGUGAGGAUAACCCCCAAAGACAUGCUUUUCUGGUUUCGGUCCCCUACGGCAGCCGAAAUUCGAUGGGGUGGUGCAAAGCAUGAACCUGGUGUGAAGGAUGAUGAUCGAAAGAUGCACCCGAGGUCAUCAUUCAAGGCUUUCCUUGAAGUUGUCAAGACAAGGAGUUUUCCAUGGAAGGACUAUGAAAUGGAUGCCAUCCAUUCUUUGCAGCUUAUUCUAAGGAAUGCGUUCAAAGACGUUGAGACUACGGAUACAAACACCAAUGCCAUACAUUCGAAGCUCGGUGACCUCAGACUAGAAGGGAUGCAAGAGCUGGAGGCAGUGACAAGUGAGAUGGUUCGUUUGAUUGAAACGGCUACCGUGCCAAUUCUGGCAGUUGAUGUUGAUGGCCUGGUUAAUGGUUGGAAUAUGAAAAUUGCAGAGUUGACUGGCCUUUCUGUUGAUAAUGCAAUUGGAAAGCAUUUACUCACACUUGUUGAAGAUUCUUCAUCUGAAACAGUCCAGAAAAUGUUGUUCAUGGCACUGCAGGGCAAAGAAGAGAAGAACAUCCAGUUUGAGAUCAAAACUCAUGGGUCAAGGACUGAGGCUGGUCCCAUUAGUUUAAUUGUCAAUGCUUGUGUAAACAGGGAUCUCCAAGAAAGUGUUGUGGGGGUAUGUUUUGUAGCACAAGAUGUAACAGUUCAGAAGAUUGUCAUGGACAAAUUCACCAAGAUCGAAGGGGAUUACAAAGCAAUAGUACACAAUCCAAACCCACUGAUCCCUCCAAUAUUUGGCAUGGAUGAAUUUGGGUGGUGUUCUGAGUGGAAUCCGGCAAUGACAAAGUUAACCGGUUGGAACCGAGAUGAAGUGGUGGAUAAAAUGCUGUUGGGGGAGGUUUUCGGAACCAACACCGCAUGCUGUCGUCUGAAGAACCAAGAAUCCUUUGUCAACCUUAGUGUUGUUCUUAACAAUGCAGUGACUGGUAAUGAACCUGAGAAGGUUCCUUUCGGUUUCUUUGCUCGCAGUGGGAAGUAUGUUGAAUGCUUGUUAUGCGUGAACAAGAAGUUGGACAUGGAAGGUGGUGCUGUGAGUGGUGUGUUUUGUUUCUUGCAGCUUCCAAGCCAUGAACUGCAACAAGCACUUCAUAUCCAGAAAUUAUCAGAACAAACCGCCAUGAAAAGAUUGAAAGCUUUAGCUUAUUUGAAAACUCAGAUACGUAACCCCCUGUCUGGAAUUAUAUUUUCUAGGAAAAUGAUGGAAGACACAGAGUUGAGACCUGAACAAAAACGCCUUCUUCAAACUAGUUCCAUGUGCCAGCGCCAGCUUAGCAAGAUACUUGAUGAUUCAGACCUUAGCAGCAUCAUUGAUGGUUACUUGGAUCUUGAAAUGAUUGAAUUCACCUUGAAUGAUGUACUGAUUGCUUCUAUCAGUCAAGUGAUGAUGAAGAGCACUGGGAAAGGCAUCCGAAUACUGAAUGAGACAGCAGAAGAAGUCAUGGAGGAGACCUUGUAUGGAGAUGGCGUUAGACUUCAACAAGUCUUAGCUGAUUUCUUGUUGGUAUCAGUUAAUUUUGCACCAAAGGGAGGCCAACUUAGAGUUGUAGCUAGCGUAACCAAAGAUCAACUAGGACGGUCCGUUCAUCUUGCACGUUUGCACCUCAGGAUAACACAUGUAGGAGGUGGAAUACCUGAAGCAUUGCUGAACCAAAUGUUUGAAACUGAUGGAGAUGCAACAGAGGAAGGUAUCAGUUUGCUAAUCAGUCGAAAAUUGGUGAAACUCAUGAAUGGUGAUAUCCAGUAUUUAAGAGAAGCUGGCAGGUCUACUUUCAUCAUCACCAUUGAACUUGCUGCAGCAAAUAUGUCCAGAAACUAACUGGUUUUGUAUUGUUCAAAAAAGAAAGAAAUUUGGAGCUUUUGACACUGUAUCUGGUUCAUGUUUUAUUGAAAGCGUUGCAAUUUAAGGGGAGAAAAAAGGGUCUGAUCUUCCAAGGAAUUCCAAGAAGGUCUGUGAAACUUAUUGUUGAUUGCUGACAGGCACACAAUAGAAUUUGUUUUCAUACUGUUGGGGGUGUCAAUUUGCAUUUGAAUGUGAGGUUCAUAUCCGAUUUUCAAAGCAUUUGAAUUUGUUUUUAAUCUGUAGCUUUAUGUACCUGCAAAUGCUUAUGCUUCUUGAGCUUGAAACUGCUUUGAGAACUGUCAAAUAGAUCUAAAACAUGAUCCAAAA